AUGGUCUGUGUUCUAGGAGCUGGGAAAACUACUCUUCUAAAUUACAUACUGACAGAACAGCAUAAUAAAAGAAUAGCAGUUAUCCUGAAUGAAUUUGGAGAAGGAAGUGCCUUGGAGAAAUCUCUGGCAAUCAGUCAAGGGGGAGAACUCUAUGAAGAAUGGCUGGAGCUCAGAAAUGGCUGCCUGUGCUGUUCAGUAAAGUAA